CUUUUCCACCCCUCACUCACACAUUCUGUGCUCGCUGUGCUGGAUGGAGCCACCCUCAAGCUGUCCUACCCCAAGAGCAACAUCCCACGCAGAGCCACCUUCGAGGAGGAAAUCCUCGAUGCUGUCUUCAUCAGCCACCGCUGCUACAACCUGACUGAUGCCAAGGUGUUCCUCUGCCCCCCCAACCUGGCCCGAAAGAGGACGUGGAACAAGAAAUAUCCCAUCUGUGUCCUCCUCCCUGAGGCGGCAGAGGGGGAGUGCCGGAGAAGCGAGGAGCAGGACACAGAGCUGCAGGGGGAUGAGGGGACAAAGAAGGUGGCAGUGUCUGGGCAGGAUAUCCCAGGGGACUGCAAGGAGAGGUGUCUGUACCUCUUUGGGAGGACAGGGAGGGAGAAGGAGGAGUGGUACCAGCAUCUCGUGCAAGCUUCUCGCGGUACACCCAGCAGCCAUGGUAACAGCAGGGCAGGGACAUGGUUAGUGAUGGCCUUGGCCGUGCUGGGGGAAUGUGGCAGCAGCAGCACAGGAAGUGCUGAGGACAUCCCCUUUGCUGUCCCUCCCAAGGACCUGGCGGGAAAUGUUGAGGAGAUUUACCUGGAUUACAGCACCUACAUGGCUCGAUUUGUGCCAGCCCAAGGGGUGGCCAGCCCAGACCAGAGCCCCUCUCAUGGAGCUCUAGGCAGCCUCACCCCCACAAAGGGGCUGGUGGCCUCUGUCCCCUCCCAGCUCGGUGAGGACACAGGUGGGCGCAGCGAGGUGGGAAUGUCCUGGAUGAACGCGCUGGUGGGACGCAUCUUCUGGGACUUUCUCCGUGAGCAAUACUGGGCUGAGCAGGUGUCCAACAAAAUCCAGAAGAAGCUGAGCAAGAUCAAGCUCCCAUAUUUCAUGAACGAGCUGACGCUGACGGAGCUGGACAUGGGCACAUCCAUCCCCUCGGUCCUCAGUGCCUCCAACCCCACCGUCAACAAGCGAGGGCUCUGGGUGGACAUGGAGGUCACCUACAGCGGCUCAUUGCAGAUGACACUGGAGACGAAGAUGAACCUCAGCAAGCUGGGGAAAGAGACUGCUGCAGAGGAGAGUGGCCCUGCAGAGGCAGGAGGAGAGGGGGCCAGGCCACGGCUGAUUCUGCUGGCAGACAGCGAUGCAGAGUCUUCCAGUGCUGGCUCCUCUGAAGAGGAAGACAUCACCAAUGCAGAACCCUUGGGAGCCCUGGGGGAGAGGGUCCCCCCACCUGGCACUGAGGGGCACAUGACAGGGAACAGCACGAGCCGGAGGAUUCUGCGCUUCGUGGAUAAGAUUGCCAAGUCAAAGUACUUCCAGAAGGCCACAGAAAAUGAGUUCAUCAAGAAGAAGAUGGAGGAGGUCUCCAACACACCGCUGCUACUGACGGUGGAGGUGCAGGAGCUGGCAGGCACCUUGGCUGUGAACAUCCCACCACCACCUACAGAUCGUGUCUGGUACAGCUUCCGAGUGCCACCACAGCUGGAGCUGAAGGUGCGCCCCAAGCUGGGGGAGAGGGAGGUGACAUUCCUCCACGUCACUGAGUGGAUUGAGAAGAAACUGCAGCAUGAAUUUCAGAAAAUCCUGGUGAUGCCAAACAUGGAUGAUCUCAUAAUUCCCAUCAUGUGCUCUGGCCUGGAUCCUUGGCUACCCACUGCAGGUUUGCCUCGGCAGCCACCAGCCAAGGUGGAGAAGAGGCUCUGA